AUGUCAUCGCUUCUCGACGCGCGUUACGUCGUCCGUUCGAGCGUCGAUCGCGCUCGAAAGACGCGCGGGGGCACCGCCGUCGUCGCCGCGAGCGCGCGUUCGGUGAACGCGUCGACGCGCGUCGUGGGAGAUGAAUCGACGACGCGACGAGGAUUACUCGGAGGCAUCGUCGGGGUUCCGAUCGCGCUUCACGCGCGCGCGGCGCUCGCGAGCGCCGAGUACAUCGAGGACACGCUCGCGGUGUUGGAUGCGUGCGAGCGUCUGGCGGAUGGACGCGGAAGCGACGUGGACGACGCGUUCGUGAAGGCUUGGUACGGGCGUAACAAGACUAGAUAUUCUCAGAGCGAGCAAGGACGCUCGUUCUUGAUGACGAGCAAGGUGGUGGCCCUGGUGCGAGGCGGGAACGUGGACUCGAGGAAGCUCGCGGAAUGGGUGCCACUGGCGAGGGGGUUGACGAACGGAACGAUCACGGGGAGGGCGGCGAGGGAGGCGUACGGGUCGGCUGUGUGGGCUAAUAACGACAAGACGGAUGCGAAGAACAGAAUUGGACUAUGCAUCUUCGGCGCCACGGCGCCGACGCAAGCGAUGGGCAUCGACUGCUCGGGCUUUUAG